UCGAUAGUAACACUUGAUAGUAAAGUGUUAGUUUCUUUUUUUUUUGUUUUGUUUUCUUUUAGUGUUUUUUUUUUUUAAAUUAUUAUUUUGUGUUAUUUUUAUUUAAUUUAGACAGAAGUAGCUUGAAAGAUAUAAUAUUGACGGUUUUUAAUGAUCCGUUAUAAGUAAUGUUGCUUGUUUGGUUUUGUCUAGAUAUUAUUUUGUAAUAAAGAUAUCCUAAUGGAUACACCACCCGUUCCAAAACCACGGGUUACACAUUUACCACAAAAUGAAGUAAAGCGGCCGAUUCCACUCCCUCGAACUAAACCCCCCGUGAACAAUGAAAGAGUCACGGCGACAGAUAUAUUUCGUUCUAUUAGUUCUGUCUCGAAACAAAUAACUGAAGAUGUUGCUCAAAAAGUUAGCAACUCAGCUAAGUGUGCCAAUGAAAAAAUUGAAAAAUCCAUUAGUGAUGGAUCGAAAUUCGCUAAAGGAACUUUAGAAAAAACUAUGAGCACGUCAAGAGCAGUUAGAGAUUCCGUCACAAAGUCAGUAAUAGAAGGGACUAAAUCUGCGGGCUUAAAGUUACGUUUAUCCAAGAGAGUGGGAAGUCCAGAAGAAGAAGAUUCUCAAAGAUGUGUUUCUAUGCCAGUAGUUGAUGUGAGUUUAUUUGACAAUAUUCAAUUUCACUCUCCUCUUUUGGAACAAAAGAGAUUUAAAAACGAUGAUGACAGCUGUACAAAAAAUCAACUACCAUCUUUACAAUUAAAUGCAACUCAUUUGGAUGAUGUUUCAUUGUAUUCCACUUUCUCAGAUUCCAAUACUGAUUCCAUGAGUAAUCUUUCUUAUGAUGUUAAGGAAAUUGAAGGUACAGAAUUACCUAUACAUUAUGAUACCUAUGAUACACCGCAAUCCUCUAGAGCUAAUAGUGUGAUAAGCACAACUUCUGCUCCUGAAGUACCUGAAAGGCGACACAAAAGAAAUAGUCAUAUUGAAAUAAUGAGACAAAAUUCCCUAUACGAAAAUUGGACACUUCCCUUUACACUAACUAGUGAAACUAAACCAGAAACUGUUACAAGGCCAAGUAAAAGUACAAUAUAUGAAUUUGAUCCUUUAAAUAAUAACUCUGAUAAUGCAAAGAGGUAUGAAGGUGUCAGUAAUGAGCUACUUCUUUUGGAAUCAUUCUUGAUUGGUGAUACUUAUGGCACAAUCAUUUCAACAGACAGUGGAAAUGAUGAACCAAUUUAUGACUUUGGUGAAAGUGAUUAUUUCAAUCCACCCACACCACCGGAACGCUCGGACAGUCUUCUACCAAAUGAGCCUUUAGCAAAAUCUUCCUCAAGCAGUUCUGAAAAAGAAAAGCUUUCUAAUUGGUAUGUUGGUACAGAUCCUUCUAGUACCGAAACAGUGCAGGAGGAUAUCAAACCAUCAAGCUCUAUGAUACAAAAAUUUUCAAGUAUGCUAAAACUGGAUAAUAAGCUUAGCAAAUCUAAUAGUAAAUCUUCUGUACAAAAAAUUCAUGUGAUUGAGCGUCCUCCCUUAAACAAAUAUCCUGUGCCAUAUUACAGUGGAACAUUGACUAAAGUAGUCUCUGGCCUUGUUGAAGAUUUAUUUAAAAAUUCCCAAUCUCGAUACUGUGUGUUGUCUGAUCAAAAACUUAUUUGCUAUACUGAUCCUGCUAAUUUAAUAAUGAAAGAGGCAUAUACUUUAGAUAAUAUACUUUCUCUUCAAAUAGUUUUGCCAUUGUCAUCCAGCACCUCAAAUAACUCUUACUGUUUUGAGCUAACGGUAUCUACUGGUCUUCGUAACGCUCCUAGAAAAAUCUUAUUCAAUUGUGGAAGUGCAUCAGAGAGACGAAAUUGGGCUCAAAAAAUUGCAGAACAUUUGACAAGUGGCAUACCCAUUAAAUACUCUUCAGAAUAUACUAGAUGUGGCUGGUGUUAUCUCAAGGAGGGUGUGAGCGGCGCUUGGUGUGGGGCGUGGGUGAUGUUGGUGAGACGUGUGCUCGUUUACUGUUACAAAGAAGACGAAAUUCAUACUGUCGAUCUGAGAAAGACGAGAUGCAUCGCAACUCAGGAAGCGGAUGAAGAAACGAAGAAUUCAUGUCCGUCAGACAACAGUCCGAAUCUCUUACUAGACUGUCCGCACGUCACUUUGUAUCUACGGUUUCCUCAUGAGAGGGAACUCAAGGGUUGGAAGUACAUGGUGAAACUUUCAGCUCAUAAUAACGGCUCCCACAUUCAUCACCAACAACUAACUAAAGAGGAUGUACCGGUCAUAGUGGACAAAUGUCUCAGUUUCAUAUAUGCUCAUGGGAGUCUCUCGGAGGGUAUAUAUCGCAGGGCUGGGAGUUCCUCUGUGUUGACUGAACUUUUGUCUCGUUUCCGUCGCGAUUCAUGGUCUGUCCAACUAACACCUGGAACACACUCUGAGCACGACGUGGCCGGCGUCCUUAAAAGAUUCUUCAGAGACCUCCCACAGUCACUCGUUCCAAAGGAAAAUCAUGCCGAACUUAUAGCUGCCCUAGAUCUGGACAAAGAGGCUCGGAUGUUGGAGUAUCGUCGGUUGAUGACGUCACUGCCCCUAGUGCCUCAGCGCACCGCCCGUAAGCUGUUCGCUCACCUCCACUGCCUCCACACCAUGUCGCGUGUUAACAAGAUGUGCGCUUCGAACCUUGCGUCAGUUUGGGCGCCCACUAUCAUGCCCACUGCACUGACAAGCCAGUCUUUGCAAACAGCGUGGUCUGCUAAGGAACAGUACGUAGUGAAGGAUCUCAUAACACACUACGAGGCUGUGUGGGAUCCGAGUGAGAGCGAACGAAGGAGGGAGGCUGUUAUAAGGAAGAUGUUAUCUAAAGCUAUGAACAACACAGUACCGUUACAACCGAAGAGUGCGGGCGACUUGCGUGCAUGGGUGUACGUUCAUAACAGAGACACGUGCUAUCAGGUUGAGCUUACACCAAACAAAACAAGCGGCACUGUUUGUAUAGAAUUAUGCGAAAAGGCGAAAAUGGAUUCACAUUUAUUGAUGGUAGAGGAGGUUAUAUGCAACGGUUCCAUGAGACGCAUUGUUCAUAUAGACGAAGUUAUUUUGGACGUAGUACUGCGGUGGGGAUACUGGGACGAGGACGACAGGAAGGAUAACUAUCUGCUGGUUAAAGAGAACAAAAUACUGCACGAACUAGAGUCGUUGAGGCAUUCGACGUCGCUGGUCUGCGGCGAGCUACGAAUAGCAAAUGAAACUACGAAAUCGUUUAAACUACAUAUGUUUGAGUGCAGUAAUUCUAAAUUAUGUUACUUUAAAGAUAAACAGGGAUCUCACAAGAUCGAAGAAUGGAACAUCAAAGACUUGCUGUGGUACGUUGGUCAUGAACCAAAGCGGAACCCACAGUCACGGUGGGCGAUCACCUUUAUACCUAGGAAUAAUAAACAGAAAAGAAGUAAAGACCGGCCGUGGUUCGGAUGUACUAUAGCGGGCGCGGUCACCGAGGACCAGCUCAAGUGGAUGACGGCAAUGACCUUCGGGGAACACGCCAACAUACUGCCAACACCACGCCUGGUCAUCACAUAGACCGAGUUAUAUAUCGAAUAAACCAUUACGUACAACAGCAUGCAUAAUGAACUCCAGAAAAUAUUAUUAUACAUUGGAUUCCUUGGCCCAUUGAUUAUUUACGUACCAAACAACUAUAUAGUUAAUUAUAGGACCAGUAAUAGUAUUACAUAUGUAUAUUUUAAUAUACCAAGUUUUUGUUUUAAAGCAUUUACGGUUACGUUGUACAAUGUAUUAAGUCUUGCCAGGAAUACGAAACAGAUACUCUCAGAACCGCAAAGGAUCCAAUUUGUAUUAUAUUUAUUUAUUGAAAUGAAUUCUUGUAAUAUUAUAUUAUUUUUAAAAUUAUCAUGACGUCACUUACAAGUUUAAGUAAUAAAUAUUAGCAAACCAUUUCUUUAGGGAAUAGUAUAUUAGUUACCAUUAUAUUCUAAUAUAUAAUUAUUAAUCAAGUGAUUGAUUUUAGCACAAGUGACGCUUUAUUUUGAUAACUUAGUAAUAUCUGAUUUUAGGCUAACCCUCUAUAGGACUAUAGAUAUUAAAGUUCACUUCGUGUUUUUCAAUUUAUAAUACAUAUUCUUUUAUAUUAUAUUUUAUAUCUCCAAAGUAUUUAAUACAAGUUGUGUUGUUAUCGGUGAUUAUACAUUUUAUAUAUUAUAUUUUUACUAUACAAUGUUUACAGUAUAAAGAUAAGUAUUUUAUUACAUACUUAUCAGUGCCUUUUAUACAGAGUAACUGUUAACGGUCUUGGCUGAUUAUUACGAACGAUAAUUCAACAUAAAAAUAUUUUAAGACGAAGACGGUGGCGGCUCGAGACCUUAUCGACGUAGAAAAUUAUUCUUCAUGUCUUUGGUCAGCGCUUUUAUUUUACGUCAAUUAUGAUUACCUUAUAAGUGUAAUAAAUUAUUUUGUAGAAAUAUCCUAAAUAACAGUUUAUAAUUUGUCGACAGUCAUAAAGCCGACGCUGGAGCAAUUUGUAUGAAUUUUAAAUUACAAAAAUGUUCAGAACUUCAGCCAAGGUCCGUCUUUACUCCCUAAUAAUUAUGUCAAUUUAAAAUAACCAUAGAAUAAGAAUUAAAUGUAUACCACAUUGAUUAUAUACAAUUAUAUAUAUAUAUUUUUUAAUAUAAAUAAGUACCACGUCAUAUCUCACUAACAAAUUGAAUGCUGGUUGGUUAUUUCAAAUUUCGAAUAAAAUUCUCACGAUUCAAUGCUAUUCGAUUCGAUUGCAACUUUUAUACAUAAAGUUUGCAUUAGUCUUUGAAACGGUCAGUGUUUAAUUCAUGGAAUAUUGAAAAAAAGAAAUCGUUGUUCAGAUAAAACAUAUGCUAAUAUAUUAUCUCAGUGAAUUCCUUUCAUUUUUAAAAUUGUAUAACAGUACGACUCAUACAACAUUUACAUAAGAUUCAUUAGAACAUAAAUAACUUUAUAUUUUGUGACACGACUUUAGCUAAUUCAGUAAUGUUGACUCAUUGUGUAUAAAUGCAAGUAUAUUGUACGAUUCUAAAAUUUUUGAAGAUUAUUCUUAUGAGACGGCGACUACUAAGCUUAAAAAGAUUUGUACAGUUUGUAAAUACAAACGAAACUAUUUAAUAAUUCUUACAAAUUAAUGAAUUAACUAAAGUAAUAGGUUUAUUAAUCACACUUAUACAAAAUGGUGGUUGAUAUCUCACAGAAUCUAAUAAUUUGACUAUGAAAUGUUUCACGUUGCUGAAAUUACAGAGCUCCGACUGUUCCGACGGUUCCCGAGCAAUAGGAAGAUUCGAUACAAGACUACAGAUCUUUUUAUCUUUUUAAGAAUAAUUUAUUAGUGGCCAGUGAGUACUUUAAAAAAUCAAAGAGGAGGGUUAUUAAUAAUACAAUAUUGGAAGCAAAUAUAUAGUUUUUUGGUUAAAUUCAUAUCAAAUAUUUUUAGAAGUCCAGAAAUCUUCAAAGAUAGACAUGUUUAGGUAAUUAAGAUUAAAUACCUAUGCAGAUUAAAUGUACCUUUUCAGCGGUUACUUGUGAAUACGCCAUAAAAAUCAUCUUGAAGUUUGGUCUUUCUCAUAUUUUAAAUGUUUAAAUUAAGGGUCUCUUGUAAAAAUGAUAUACCCACAUACCGUUUAUGGGUAUGUGUAUUGCUAUAUCACAUAAUUUGUAAGAGAUCAGGAACUGAUAUGUAGGAUUAUAUAAAUUAAUUCUUCAUAUCAUCUAUUACGCCAGCGGUAUCAAUGCCGACUGUGCUAGUGAUAUUGUAUUGAAGAAUAUAGGGGUAAAUUUUCUGCUAAUAAUGGCAUUAUUUUUCUUGAGCGUUUAUAUAUAUAUAAAAAGUCAUCUGUUGAAAAUUGUUUACAAGAAAUAUUUCAAUAUACAGAAAUUCUGUUUAUGUUUUUUAUCACGUUUCGUUGGCCACGAUACAGUUAGUGUUCCAAAGGUUACUCUUUUUUAUAUAAAAUCUUUAUAUAUGAUACAUCCAUACAAAACAUAAUAAUUAUGACACAAUUUAAUAUUUCACUCUCGAUUAAGUUUAUGUAAAAAAAUUAUUAUUACUAUAAGAAAUGUUUAUAUCUUGUUUUUCAAUAUGUAACACAAUACAUAUUUAUGUACCAAUAGCUAAUAAGUUUUAGACCUUGUUUUUGUGUCGUUAACAUUCACUGUUUGUCUCAAAUAUUUCGAUAGUAAUUUUUCUAAUAAAUUAGUGAUAAUUGGAUAGUGACAAAAUUUAUAUCAGUAUUGUGUACUGUUGUCAAUUAAAGUCAAUUGAAUGCACUUUGUGUACGAAAGUAGUUAUUAACUAUAUAAGAUUAUAUAUAUAUAUAUAUAUAUAUAUAUAUAUAUAUAUAUAUUUUAAAUAAUCUUCCUUUCUGUAAUCUAAAUUUACUAUUAAUUUUAAAAUUGUCUGUGAUUGUAAUCUUGAUUGGAGUAUUUCAAUUUUAUAAUUUUUUUUUAAUAAAUAUGUAUUAUAGUUAGAAUAUUAUCAUUAAAUAAAUUUAAUAUAUAUUUUAAAGAGCAUUCCUUAUUUAAUUAGUUUUAAUCGCAAAAUAUGAAUACUAUAUUAUAUAACAUUACAUGUCAGAUGUAGGUAUGUUUAUUCAAACGUUUAAUAAAAUGUCCUUUAGAAUC